AUGAAAGCCGAGGAUAGAGAUUUGGGAGUCAUUAGCAUAAUAACUGCCCAGCAUCCUCUGCCCAACCAAUCUGAAUGUAGGAAAAUCUACAGAUAUGACGGAAUCUACUGUGAAUCUACCUACCAGAAUUUACAAGCAUUGAGAAAGGAGAAAUCCCGAGACGCUGCACGCUCCCGCCGGGGAAAAGAAAAUUUUGAGUUCUAUGAAUUGGCCAAGUUAUUGCCUCUUCCUGCAGCCAUCACGAGCCAGCUGGACAAGGCAUCCAUCAUUCGACUUACAAUUAGCUAUCUGAAAAUGAGGGACUUUGCUAACCAGGGGGACCCUCCAUGGAACUUGCGAAUGGAAGGCCCACCCCCAAACACAUCUGUAAAAGGUGCACAACGAAGGAGAAGCCCCAGUGCACUGGCCAUUGAAGUAUUUGAAGCACAUUUGGGAAGUCACAUUUUGCAGUCCCUGGAUGGCUUUGUGUUUGCACUAAAUCAAGAAGGAAAAUUUUUGUACAUUUCUGAAACAGUCUCAAUCUACCUAGGCCUCUCACAAGUGGAGCUGACAGGCAGCAGCGUCUUUGACUAUGUCCACCCCGGGGACCACGUGGAGAUGGCAGAGCAGCUGGGCAUGAAGCUCCCACCUGGGCGGGGUCUCCUCUCCCAGGGUACCACUGAGGACGGAGCCAGCUCAGCAUCUUCCUCCUCCCAGUCAGAGACCCCCGAGCCAGUGGAGUCGACCAGUCCCAGCCUGCUAACCACUGACAACACCCUUGAGCGUUCCUUUUUCAUCCGAAUGAAAUCUACUCUGACCAAACGCGGCGUGCACAUCAAAUCAUCAGGAUAUAAGGUGAUCCACAUAACAGGUCGGCUACGACUGCGGGUGUCGCUGUCCCACGGGAGGACCAUCCCCAGCCAGAUCAUGGGUCUUGUGGUCGUGGCGCAUGCCUUGCCUCCCCCUACAAUCAAUGAAGUCAGAAUCGACUGCCAUAUGUUCGUCACUCGAGUAAAUAUGGACCUCAAUAUCAUUUACUGUGAAAAUAGGAUCAGCGAUUACAUGGAUCUGACCCCUGUAGAUAUUGUGGGGAAGAGAUGCUACCACUUCAUCCACGCGGAGGACGUGGAGGGCAUCCGGCACAGUCACUUGGACUUGCUGAAUAAGGGCCAGUGUGUGACGAAGUACUACCGCUGGAUGCAGAAGAACGGAGGCUAUAUCUGGAUACAGUCUAGUGCCACCAUAGCUAUUAAUGCCAAGAAUGCAAAUGAGAAGAACAUCAUCUGGGUGAAUUACCUUCUUAGUAACCCCGAGUACAAGGACACCCCGAUGGACAUCGCGCAGCUCCCCCAUCUGCCAGAGAAAACCUCAGAAUCCUCAGAGACAUCGGACUCUGAGUCAGACUCUAAAGACACCUCAGGUAUUACAGAGGACAAUGAGAACUCCAAGUCCGAUGAGAAGGGGAACCAGUCUGAGAACAGCGAAGACCCGGAGCCCGACCGGAAGAAGUCGGGCAGCACGUGCGACCAGGACAUGAACUGCAAUGACCAAGGCCACAGCUCCAGCAAUCCAGACAGUCGCGACAGCGACGACAGCUUCGAGCACUCGGACUUUGAGAACCCCAAGGCGGGCGAGGAAGGCUUCAGUGCCCUGGGCCCCAUGCAGAUCAAGGUGGAGCGCUACGUGGAGAGCGAGUCGGACCUGCGGCUGCAGAACUGCGAGUCCCUCACGUCCGACAGCGCCAAGGACUCGGACAGCGCGGGCGAGGCGGGCGCGCAGGCCUCCAGCAAACACCAGAAGCGCAAGAAGAGGCGGAAACGGCUGGACCCCAAGACGCCCAUGGAGAUGCUCUACCACCACGUGCACCGGCUCAACAUGUCCGGACCGUUCGGCGGCGCCGUGAGCGCGGCCAGCCUGACGCAGAUGCCCGCGGGCAACGUGUUCACCACGGCCGAGGGGCUCUUCUCCACGCUGCCCUUCCCCGUCUACAGCAACGGCAUCCACGCCGCACAGACUCUGGAGCGCAAGGACGACUGAGGCGCCCCCGCGCGGGCGCUCGGCGUGGAGGCAUCGCGGGCGUUUUCGUUUAGACCUUUAUUCUAGCACUUUGAAUUUGAGCAGGUCAGCGUCACCUCUCCACACGACGGUCCCCAUCCCGGCCCCCCCUUUCUUUAACUUGACUUAUUCUUUCCUGUAAAGAUAUGUUUAUUUUUGGCCUUCAGAGGGUCCGAGGACCAGUUGCCUGCCGUUUUGUCUUCUUCUAAGAUGUGUGUUGGGUUGUUUUGCUUUCCUUUGCAUCUUUAUUAAGAUGUCUUUAAUGCGUAUAUGCCUCUGCCAUAGAAUACUCAGUCUUGUGGUCAAGAGAUUUCUCCAGUGACAACCAUUGGGUUUUCUUCAUCGAGAUCUUGAUAUGAUCAAGAUUGAAAGAGACACGCAUAAACAAUGUGCCCUGUUUGACUAAGUCAAAUGAAAUGGGGUGGUUUUUGGUUUUGUUCCUAAUUCCUUUAAAAAUAGAGGGGAUAGUAUUUUAGAAUUUUAUGCAGAAUUUAAUUCUCUUUUUAUGGUUAAGAUUUUAAGAUUUUCUUACUUGCACAUAAAAAUAAUUUGGGUUCUUAAACUUAAUUUCUGGCCUGUGACUAGAAUGUUUGAAAAAACAACAACAACAGUGGGACUAAAUGUUAAUUACUGAAACAUUAACUUAAUUUCUAAAACCAUGGUGCUAUCAUUUAUUAAUCUGUAAUGUCUUCAUAUAAAAUGCAGCUCCUGGGCUGGGUUUUGGGGAAAAAAAAAAAAUGUGUACUGUCCUGGUCUGGAGUCCAUUGCUGCAAUCUCCUUGGUUAGUUAAGACAAAGCCCUCAUUAACGUUUGCUGCAGGACUUAAAAUUUUUUACCUCCCAACUAACAAACAUAGCCUCACAUUAAAUGCAAUGGGUCAGGAAAGCCCUUUUUAAAGGGGCUUCUGGGAAACUCGAUCAAACUGAUUUGAGGAGCAGUUUAGGAACAUCCUGCCUUUCGUUGAGCUUCCUCCCCCCCCCCCUUUUCUCAGUCUAACUGAGGCUAAUUUUUGCAACUUCAAUAACACUUCAGAGUAAAAGAGGAAAAAUAUUUAACAUCUUUUAAUUUUUUUUAAUUUCUUGCUAAAAAAAAAACUUGUAUUUUGGGGGGACUGAUUUGAUUUGAUGGAAUUUCUUUUCCCUUUGAUUAUCUUAUUUCUAGGUUGGAACCAAUACAGUUUAAAAAUAAAAAAUGGGUUAAUAAGCUUCAAACAGAUAACUGCAACUGAAAACUGCACAUUAAGUACAAAAAAAAAAGAAAAAGAAAAAGAAAAAAAUAUCCUAUUUUGUCUUCGUUGCCAGAAAUCAGUGUAGUGUCAAACACUCCAAAUGACUGUCAAGUAUAAAUUCUUCUUCCACUCCAUUUUUGGCAGCUGUUUGUUAAGGCAUCUAAUAACAGAUGUGAGAACUGUAAUGUGUGCAAUGUGUACCUGUCCUUGGCUGUCGUCCAUUGCAGUUUCAAUGUGUGUUUCUAUAUGCAGUAUAUACUAAGCUGAUGUAGUUGUUUUGUCCUUUGUCUUCUCUGUGCUCUAUCUCUAGUCUGGAGUGGCCCCGUCCCAUUCCUGCAGUCCUAGUGAAUCAGUGAUUCUUGGGGGUUAGUGAUUUUUGUGUGGUGGCCUUCCUCUGUAAUGUCACCCCUAUGCUGCUUCUCCCGUCUGUGAACCUUCCGUUUCACUUUAUA